CUUCCUGAAUGGGAUGCUCACUGUGCCUGCUGGAUUAAUCCUGAGGUCUUUCUCCGCUGUGAUUUGUUCCUGUACCUCAGAAGCACCUCCUCUUCUCUGGGAGAUUACACCAGGAUUUUCUUUUGACAUUUUUUGCAGAUUCAUUACAGGAUUUCUACAGCGGACCAUAGAAACAAGUACAAUCGGAUUACAAACUGCAGAAGUGAGAGUUUUUUGUUUUUGGUGCAGAAGUUUUGCUUUUUUUGUUUUACUGGGAACAGCAACACUGUGUGUCGCCCAAAGGAUUACAGAGUGGACUGGUUUUCACUGGCACAGUGUGGGACACAAAAUAAUGAGAGCCAACAGAUUUAAACUGACAAAGACCUUUUGUUGAGAGAGACUCACGAAACAAGCUGCUGCCGGUACUGAGAUGAGCCUUUGACUGAUGUGUCCAAUAUACACAUUGUGCUGGACUAAUUUACAACAAAUCAAAACACACUGGCUUUCUGCUGUGGCUCUGAAUUCACACAGAAGGGGUGCCAGCAAGCUACGUCUUACUUUCCUGAUUCUAAACAUAAAGUUUAAAGAACUGUAUGCUGGAGAUAAAUCUUGAACAAAACUGAUAGCAACUGUUGCCUGGAACACUUUUAAUCACUUACCAGUACUUUAAAAUGUUUUUCUUUUUUUAAAUUGUCUAAAAAUGGAAGACAAAAAUAAUAAGUCAAAUGACACUGAUGGCUUGGAAAACCAAAAGGCCGGAGCAAGGACUUCAGGGAAUCCUCAGUCCUUUAUGAGCAUGAUUUCUUCAAUGUUCGGACGUGAUAAAUUGAAAGCACAAACCCAGGAGAAAGCUGUGCUGAAAUCUUUCCGGUCACAGUCUGAAAAUGUAAAAAAAAAUAAUUAUGAAAAAGCUGAACCUGAUGGGAAUGACAGCGAGGGGAUUGAAGACAAGGAUCCAGGUCUCGAGGAAAGAGCUGAUAAUGGUAACGCUAAGGUCUUUGAGACAAACAAGAGCAAAGUUCUGAUAAGGGACGAUAUUGAAGGGAGUGAAAAUGAAACCACUGCAACUUCGCCUCCUCAAAGUCCCUCAGUGCCUGCGCCUACUGGUGGAGAUGCCAGGGAUGCAGACCUUGUUCGAGUGACUCUGGUUCACACCACCAGUGACACUGAGUCUGAAGAUGAGGACGACGCCAAUGUGAGUGAACUGGAAGCCAUAUCAUAUACACCACAUAGGACAUCAGUCUCUUCUCAAGAACAAGAAAAUAUGAACAGGUUGGAUUCAACCAAAGGAAGAUCAGUAGACAUGGUCGAUACAAAAAGUGUUUCUAGCGAUUCAUCAUUACAAAGUCAAGGAUUACAAAAUCAAUCAGUCAGCAUAGACAAGCCCAGUAAGGAGGAGGACAGUGAGUCUGAAAAGGAGUUUCAGGCUACAUUACCAGAUAUGCCUGCUGGAGUCACCAGCCCAGAUGUGCCUGCUAGCGUCACAAAGACAGUGGUUUCCUUUGAAGACACAGAGCCAGAUGAAGUGUCCGCAAGUAUUGGGCAGUCAGAUGGUCCCAGUGGUAUCCCAGAGCCAGGUUCCUCCCCUGCUAUUGCAGAUGCAGAUGUGUCUGCUGACAGUACAAAGACAGUGGUUUCCUUUGAAGUCACAGAGCCAGGUGAGGUGUCCGCAAGUAUUGGGCAGUCAGAUGGUCCCAGUGGUAUCCCAGAGCCAGGUUCCUCCCCUGCUAUUGCAGAUGCAGAUGUGUCUGCUGACAGUACAAAGACAGUGGUUUCCUUUGAAGACACAGAGCCAGGUGAGGUGUCCGCAAGUAUUGGGCAGUCAGAUGGUCCCAAUGGUAUCCCAGAGCCAGGUUCCUCCCCUGCUAUUGCAGAUGCAGAUCUGUCUGCUGGCAGUACAAAGACAGUGGUUUCCUUUGAAGACACAGAGCCAGAUGAAGUGUCCGCAAGUAUUGGGCAGUCAGAUGGUCCCAAUGGUAUCCCAGAGCCAGGUUCCGCCCCUGCUAUUGCAGAUGCAGAUGUGCCUGCUAGCAUCACAAAGACAGUGGUUUCCUUUGAAGUCACAGAGCCAGAUGAAGUUUCUGCAAGUAUUGGGCAGUUAGAUGGUCCCAGUGGUAUCCCGGAGACAGGUUCCUCCCCUGCUAUUGCAGAUGCAGAUGUGUCUGCUGUCAAUACAAAGCCAGGUGACACUGAAGCAGACAAGAGCAAGGAUAUAAACCCCAUUUCUAAUGUUGAUUCUGCUUUCAAUGCUUUCAAAUUGUUCUUUAAUCCCAGACCUUUGAAAAAGAAUUCUGCUGCCGUACAGCCAGAUGUUUCUACUGGUGUUACAAAGGCUGAGGGCCCUACUGAUUUGGCAGGUCUAGAUCUUUCAGAUGGAAUCAAAGAACCAGAUAUGUUCACAGGGACCAUACAACAAGAAGGACCCAUGGCCUUAACAACAUCUGAUAAUUUUUCUCCUAUGGAAGAAGAGCUUGAUGAUUCACCAAGCAUCGCAAAGCCAGAUGUUCAUUCUGCUGUGGUGAAAGACACUCUUCCUGGUAGCACAGUAACAGAUGAACCUGCAAGCAUCAUGCAGCCAGAGGUGCCUGCUGCUAACAAAUACCAAAGUGUGCCUUCUGCAGUGACAAAACCAGAUGUGCCUACUUUCUCCCCUGCCAAAAGCACCACCCCUGCAUCUGCCACUCCUGGGGAGAAGUCCUUUCAGCUGCCUGCCCUUUUUAGUGGACUUAGGGUGUUGAAAAAGGGGGCUGUUGGAGAAGAAAGGGAAACUGUUUCUGAAAUCAAACUCAGAGACACUGACUUGGCGAUGCUGAGUUUGACCAAGCCUGUGAACAAAGUCAAACUACAACCAGAGCCUCUGCCAAAGAAAAGGGAAAUAAAAAAUGUUCCCGAGCCUAAAAACAAUUCUGGAUUCUUAGAGCAGCUCACUCAGUUGUUAAACCUGGAUGGGCCAAAAAGUGAAGAUAAGGAAGAUGCCACUAAAGAGGCAGGUGAUGUUACAAAUGCUGAUGUUCAGUCAAAUGUCAAGGUAGAUGAGAGCAAGGAUGUAGGCCCUCCUGCUGACGGUGAAACUGCUUUGAGUGCUUUUAAAUCGUUCUUCACUCCAAAAACUGUCAAAAAAGACAAUUCUGAUGUAGAAGACCUUGACACAGUGAAAAAAAAGCUAAAACAUGACAGGGAUGUGCUUAAAGGGAUAUUUCAGAGAUCUACUUCAAAACCUGGCCCUGCUGAAAACAACACAGGACAAGCUGAAGAGGCGCUAUCAGAGCUGGCCUCUCCCACUGAUAGUGACGACAGAACACCCAAGCGGCUGGUGGCAGUGUGGCCUCCACCCAAACCCAAAGAAGAAGACGAGAAAGUGGGCCUGAAGUACACAGAAGCUGAACAUCAAGCUGCCAUUCUUCACCUAAAGAGAGAAAGUAAAGAAGAAGCCGAAAACUUACAAAAAAACUUUGAACUGCAGAUCUUUGAAAUACGAGGGGAGCAUGCUGUAGCGAUUGCGAAACUCGAAGAUAAAAUUGAAGGACUCAAAAAAGACUUGGAAAAUAAUGUCUGUAAUAAAGCCAGGGGUGAACUCAAAGAGGUCUCUGUUUCCACGGAAGAUGACGUGCCGCCAAAAUCCUUCCGCACCGUGUGCAUCCAGACAGACAGGGAGACCUUCCUCAAGACCCCUGAGGAAGAGACCAGGACUAUCCAAAGCAACCAAACCGUGCCUAAAAAGCUGGACCUCAAGUCUAUAAACCAGAGUCUUGCGGGCAAGACAGAACCUGGUGGUUCAGGACCAGUGCCACCCCCUCCUCCCCCCCCUCCACUCCCAGGUGCUGGGCCCCCUCCACCUCCACCUCCUCCCCCCCCUCCACUCCCAGGUGCUGGGCCCCCUCCUCCUCCUCCACUGCCUGGUUGCAGGCCUCCUCCGCCCCCUCCUCUCCCAGGCUCCGGCCCUCCCCCCCCUCCUCCUUUACCAGGUGCCGGGCCCCCUCCCCCACCUCCACCCCCUAUGCCCGGCUGUGGACCCCCUCCACCACCCCCUCCCCCAGGAGGCUUUGCUUUCAGCCAGAUGCUUGACAAAAGGCCCCGGAAACCUACGAUAGAGCCAGCAUGCCCCAUGAAGCCGCUGUAUUGGACUCGAGUUCAGCUCAAAGAGAACAGUGAUAGCACUUUGUGGGGGUCACUGGAGGAGCCAAGUAUCCAAGAUCCCAAAGAGUUCGAGGAGCUGUUUUCCAAAGCUGCUGUCCAGCAGACAAAGAAGCCGCUGUCAGACUCUUACGAGAAGAAGGCAAAGGCCAAAAAGAUUGUUAAGCUGUUGGAUGGGAAGCGUUCUCAAACUGUUGGGAUCCUGAUAUCUAGUCUGCACCUGGACAUGAAGGAUAUUCAGCAAGCUGUUCUGACUGUGGACAACUCAGUUGUGGACUUGGAAACCAUUGAAGCGUUGUAUGAAAACAGAGCACAAAGCGAUGAGCUGGAUAAGAUAAAGAAGCAUUACGAAACUUCGAAAGAGGACGAAGUGAAGCUGCUUGACAAACCAGAACAGUUCUUGUACGAGUUAUCUCAGAUUCCUGAUUUCUCUGGACGAGCCCGUUGUAUUAUAUUCCAGCCUGCAUUCACCGAGGGAAUCACUUUAGUCCAUCGCAAAGUAGAGAUUGUGGAUCGUGUUUGCAAGGGCUUGUUGGAGCCCCGCAGUGUCAAGGACUUGCUAGGAUUGAUCCUGGCUUUUGGAAACUACAUGAACGGGGGGAAUCGUACAAGAGGGCAGGCGGAUGGCUUUGGGUUGGAAAUUUUACCAAAGCUGAAAGACGUGAAGAGCAGGGACAAUAAAACCAGUUUGGUGGAUUACGUAGUGUCAUAUUAUCUACGAUACAUUGACAAGGAUGCAGGAACGGAGAAGACUGUCUUCCCCCUCCCAGAGCCACAGGACCUGUUUCUGGCCGCGCAGGUCAAGUUUGAGGACGUGACAAAGGACCUGAGGAAGCUGAAGAAGGAGCUGGACGCUUGUGAAAAGGAGAUUGCAGUGGUGUGCAAAAACUCAUCAGAGGAGCAUCUCCAGCCUUUUAAGGAGAAAAUGGAAACCUUUGUUCAAAAUGCACACCAAGAACAUUGUGCCGAAGAGGAUAAUUUGAAAACUGCUCUAGGAAGCUUUGAAGACACAGUGAGAUAUUUUGGUGUGAAGCCAAAGUCGGGGGACAAGGAGAUCACUCCAAACGUUGUCUUUAUGCUGUGGUUUGAGUUCUGUAAUGACUUCAAGAACGUAUGGAAGCGAGAGAACAAAAAUAUUUCCAAAGAAAGACUCAAGGAGGCCCAGCUGUCUGUCCAGAAAAUGACAGCAGAAAAGAAGGUUGAAACCAAGAGGAUAAGCCCCAACAGUCUGAAAGAACGGCUACGUCAGAAGGAAGCAACUGUGAGCACCAGCUAAAACAAGGAGAGUGGAACUGUGACUCGACAACGUUACACUUCGCUCUCAAACUACCAACGCUCAAGCGACACCCGCUGCUAGCUGUACGCCACUCCUCCUGUCCAGUUGACGUGAGAAGUCAACUCACGUGAUGAGAUCACUGGGCAACUAAAAUAUCCUUUGUUUACAGUUUGCAGGGGAGAAAGUCCCUCAUAAAGUCAUUCCUUCUGAAGCUUAGAGCAAGCAGUGAUGUUUCUUUAUCGUGCGUGAAAGCAUAAAUGCUUAGGAAUACCUGGGGCUAUGAGGUCAACAGGCUGCUCUUAUAUCAAUGUAAUAAGGCCCUGCUAUAAAUAACCUCUAUAAGUGGGGCACUACACUCAAACAUGCAUGAGAGUUCCGAGGUUAUUUUCUAGUUUAAAAUGUUUACUGCUGGGGCUCCCGAGUGGCGCAUCCAGUAAAAGCACUCGCUAGAGUGCAGGAUGCGCUCUAUAGCCUGGACGUCGCGAGUUCGAGUCCAAGCUAUUCCACAGCCGACCGUGGACAGGAGCUUCCAGGGGGCGGCGCUCAAUUGGCCGAGCGUCGCCCGGGGGGACGGAGGGUUAGGUCGGCCAGGGUGUCCUCGGCUCACCGCGCACCAGCGACCCCUGUAGUCUGGCCGGGCGCCUGCGGGCUUGCCUGUAAGCUGCCCAGAGCUGCGUUGUCCUCCGACACUGUAGCUCUGAGGCGGCUGCACGGUGAGUUCGCAGUGUGUAAAGAAGCGGGCGGCUGACAGCACACGCUUCGGAGGACAGCGUGUGCAUCUUCGCCCCUCCCGAGUCAGCGCAGGGGUGGUAGCGGUGAGCUGAGCAUAAUAAAAUAAUUGGGCAUUUCAAAUUGGGGAGAAAAUAAUAAAAACUAAUUGGCAACGACUAAAUUUAAAAAAUAAAUAAAUAAAAAAAAAUUAAAUAAAAUGUUCACUGCUGAGCUGGUCUUAUUUGGAAUUUUAAGCAAUACAAAUGCAUCAUAACUUGAGGUCUUAAUACUUGUUAGAUACUUCUGUGAAGUUAAGGUGUGUUUAAUGAAGAGUUCAAAGAAAAAUAUGGAGACUUAGUGAAACUUUGAUAUGUUUAUCUUAGGAGCUCAGAUGUUGCCCGGGUUUAUUGAAAGAGUCUGAUAUAAAGUUGUGAUUGGUCUCUACCCUUUACCGUCUAUAUGUGCAGCAUGGUUUUCAUAAUGACAGAAUAAGCGGGUUUGCAGUCUGAUUUAGGAGGUGAGAUUACUGGUUGUGUAUUUAUAAAAGGGCCAGUCGACACAUGCUUGUUUAUGGGCCAAAUCGUGUGUGUAUUGCCAAAUCUAUGAAUGACAAAUGUUAAAUAAAUCAUGCAUCAAGUAUUAUAUAAAAUUUGGUAGCAUGUUUCCUACCAACAUUACUUAUUAAGAUAUAUAAAUACAUUUAAAUAAAACACAUCUCCCAGAUCAAGCCAUUAGUGCAUCUACAUGUCAUCUCUUGUCUUGUUUGCAAGUGGCUUAAAUUGUAGGAAGAGAAGUGAGAUAUUCUUUUAUUCUGGUAUUUUACAGUAAUUCCCGGUCAGAGCAAGAACCUGCUAGCUCUUAAACUUGACAUCAAAAAAAUGAAGUACUUUCCCUAAUAACUUGAAAUAAUAUCGGCUAAAAAUUAUUAGCAAGAUCAAUAAAUUUGAAUUCUCGCCAACGUAUAUAAAAACAACAAUUUACAUUUAAAAACAUGUGGUCUCUUUAAAACACUUAUAUUUUUGUUAUAUCCUCAAAAAGAAUAUUGUAUAAUUAAAUCUCUCUACUGUAGUAGGGAUGUGUACAUAAAAAAAUAUAUCUCCUAAAUAUCUAUAGCUCAACCAUAACACAAGUUUUUUUGUACAUACUGUAAGGCUUUCCCAGGUAUGAGUAAGACCUUGUGGUUAAAUAUCACAUACCCUAAUGAUGCAGAAACAGAAGAUUGUAUUUUUCAGGAGAUUGUCAGUAAAGCAAAAGGACUAUUGUUUUCCAGUUGUAAAUAUGUUUUUUUGUUUUUUGUUUUUUUUUACUGUUUCUGUGUUUUAACAAUAUUUGCAAAGACCAAACCAACCCGUAUAUCAUGGUAGAUUUCUAGGUUGUGUUCAAACUAAAUAUUUUAAAUAUGUCUAAUUUGUAAAUGCAUAUCAACUGUCUGGUGUGAAAAGGUGCAUAUGAAGUUUUGAAGUUUUCCUUGCUGGGAUGAAAAUGUAUAUCAAAUUGGUCUUAAUUUUACUAAAUAAAAAGUUUGUUUUAACCUUUAACAUGGUUAUGCUAUUUACAAAAUAAUAAACUGAAAGUCAUCUUAACGAUGGGACCCAAAUGAUUAUAAAAUAAAUACUGGAAAAUAUAUAUUGCUACUGUAUAUAAUCGUCUGUAUUAUACAUUUUGUAUUUAAACCAGCUAUGCUUUACUUUAAGCUAAUUCCAUGUUUUUUUCUAUAGGGUUUGGAAUUCAGACAUUUAUUAAAGGUCAUGGUUUCUGUUUCUUUGUAUUGUAUUCACUCUGGCAUUAACACUCAUGUAUUUAUGUGCUAGAAUGUAUUUCUCAAUGUGCAAUAAAGUAGAGGAUGAAUGUAUCCAUAACAGUAAACAAAUAAAACAGGGUGUAAAAAUACUCUUCAUUUGUUCAGUCGAAUACACAACAUCUGUUUUCUGCUUAAU